CUGGCCAUCGCAAAACCCGAAUACAGUUUUACCUGUUGCCUCUUCAGCAAACUUUGUGCUUUAUACUUGUUCCUCGUUUCAUUAUAAUAGAAUCAUCGGUUUCAUACACAUAACGGGAAUGUUGGCCGAUUUACAUUUAUCUGUAAACUGAUAAAACACGUAUUUUCCAUACAUUUUGUGGACGCUAUCUCGAACAUAAACAAGUAUCUGAAGACAGGGUCAACUUUUAGUGUGGCAUUGUGAUGAUCAAAGAAAUGUUGCUGUGUUUUCUACUGGGAUUAGUGUGCCUCUCGACAAUUUCUGCCACAGGUUCCGAUGAGGAAGCCGAUGCUUAUUUUCCUGCAAGCGAAUGGUCUGAUACUUUUGAUUGGAAACUGCUCAAGGCGUUUUCCACCCCCAACAGCCGCAAUGUCUUGAUAUCACCUAUAGGCCUGAAAGUAGUGUUAGCACUGCUAUAUGAAGGUUCCGGUGGGCUUACGGAAAAAGAGUUUCAAAAUGUUUUGCAAUUUCCUAUCGAAAAGUCAAAAAUGAGAGAACAAUUUAAAAAUAUUUCUAAAGCGUUACAGCCAAGUGAACGAAGUCAGUAUAUUUUAAAUUUAGGGACUCGAAUUUUCUUAGACUCUCGGAUAACACCGCAGCAGAAUUUUGCUGCGAAGGCAUUAGAUGGUUAUAGAACAGAUAUAGAACCAACAAAUUAUUCUCAACCCAUUGAAGCUAGUCAAACGAUCAACUCUUGGAUUGAUAAGUUAACUAAUGGAAAAGUUUCUCGUUUAGUAGCGCCAGGUGAUCUUGAAGAUGCGAUUAUGAUUAUCGCUAAUGCCAUUUAUUUCAAGGGUACUUGGCGCCAUCAGUUUCCCAAAAAUAACACAGCUAUUGGUGGUUUUUACGUAUCUCCUACUGAGAUAGUAACUGUACCUUAUAUGACAACGAUUGAUGCUUUUUACUACUUUGAAUCAAACGAGUUAGAUGCCAAAAUUCUAAGACUGCCAUACAAGGGACAAAACUACGCUCUUUUUAUUGUACUGCCAAACUCCAAAGCAGGACUUUCAGAACUUAUGAAAAAAGUUAACUUACACGUCCUUAAAAAACAACUCUACAUGUUAGACAAAGUACCAGUUGAAGUCCGGUUGCCAAAAUUCAAAUUCAACUUCCAAGCAAGAUUUAUGAAAAUAUUGCAAGAUUUCGGUUUGACACAAAUGUUCCAAAACACAGCAAGUUUCCCUGGAAUUGCUCGGGGAAACAUUCCGCAUUUGUUGCGCAUGUUGGUGGUUUCUGACAUUAUUCAAAAAUCUGGAAUUGAACUUGAUGAAGAGGGAAGUGUUGUAUAUGCAGCCACACAUGUCCAAGUAGGAAAUAAAUUUGCGGAAGUUGAUUAUGUAUUCAAUGCUACACACCCUUUUAUGUUCUUUUUGGAGGAGCAGACAAGUGGCACAAUUUUAUUUGUUGGAAAAGUUGAAAACCCUUUGGAAACCAAUGCUGUACCUUUACCACCCAGAUUUGGUACCAACCAAGGUUUUGAAUCGACUUUGUCUGCUAGUCCAAAUUUGCAACCUGCAAAUCCAGAAAGGGACGCUGUAAUUAGGAGGUUUAAUUAUUUUGAUUUAGAGUUAUUAAAAGAAUUUAGUGAAUCGCCUGGAAACGUAUUCAUAUCACCUGCCAGUAUCAAAACAACGUUAGCUCUAAUUUUAGAAGGAGCUAAAGGACAGAGUGCUCGAGAAAUUGGAAAUGCAUUAAGAAUAGACGAUAUUGAACAAAAGGAAAUUCGUGAGAUUUUAAACAGACUGUUGUUUGAUUUAAAAGAUAGUACCGGUAAUACUGUUUUGGAGUCGGCCAGUUCUAUCUUUGUUUCAAACAAAUACAAUGUGGUUCCUGAAUUUGAGAAAAAAGUGAUUACGUAUUAUAAUGGUAUGGUUAAACAUCUUGACUUUUCACAUCCGAAUUUAGCAGCAAAAAUAAUCAAUUCGUGGGUCUCCAACGCAACUCAUGGUUUGAUCGAUCAAAUUGUGGGAAAUCAAAACUUAAAUCCUGAUACCGCGUUGUUGCUAACCAACGCGUUGUAUUUUAAGGGAAAAUGGAAAACUGAAUUCAAUCCAAACGGUACCAAAGAAAAAUGUUUCUAUUCACCAACGCGUAAUUGUGUGAGCACUCCUCUAAUGCAUAUCUCUAGUACCUUCAAUUAUAAUUUUAACAUUGACUUGAAUGCACAUGCCAUAGAACUGCCGUACCAGGAUGACAAAUACGCUAUGUUAAUUUUAUUCCCAACUAAUGGUAACAAUGUCAGGACUUUGGCACGGGAUAUGCAACAUGCUCAAUUACACAUGGUUAUAGACGCUCUUAAACCAACCGAUUUAAUUCUAGAAAUUCCCAAAUUCGAGAUCGAUUAUGAGACUGACUUGCUCAGUUUUUUGAGACCAUUGAAAAUCCAGGAAAUUUUCCAAGCAAACGCUAACUUGACCGGCAUGGUUGGUCAAGAGAAAGUCAAAAUCAGUAACAUAGUGCACAAGACUAAAGUUGAAGUCAACGAGCAGGGCACUAGGGCCGCCGCUGUCACCACUGCUGUUGUCAUUCCUUUAAUGGGCUCCACAGCACAAAGAAUAACAGUGGACCAACCGUUCAUUUUCUUCGUUUAUCAUAGAGAAUCAAGAAAUAUUAUUUUUGAGGGACUUUUCGUCGAACCUGUCUCACCAAAGACUGUUCCAAAUACUAAUCGCUAUUACUCGCAAGUGCCACAAAGGAGUGGUGUCAACUACCAACGACGGGAUUUUCAGUAUCAAAGAUCUAACAAUCGCUAUCAAUAAUUAAAAGACUUAUGGCGGAAAUUGUCUGGCUGCGCAAUACUCUAAAUGAGAUUGAAUUUUUUGUUUUUAUUUUUAAUACACGAUUCCUACAUA